AUGGCAGAACAAGACACAAUCAGCAAGGCCAAGACUGGCAAUGGUAGAUUUGCUGAGCAACUUGAGGUUAGGAAGCUUCUGAAGAAGUUGAAUGAACCAGCUGUUAAGUCUAUUCAGAGUCAUGAUGGUGACAUAAUUGACUGCGUGCAUAUUCUGAAUCAGCCAGCUUUCGAUCAUCCAAAACUGAAGAAUCACAAAAUUCAAGUGAGGCCAACAUUUCUUCCAAAAGGAAGAAGGUUAACUGAAUCAAAGCCAAUUGCUCAAAUGUGGCACCACAGUGGAAGUUGUCCUGAAAGAACCGUUCCUAUAAGAAGAACAACAAAAGAGGACAUAUUGAGGCCAUCAGGAUCUUUCCAACAACAUGGAAAGAAGGAUAACAAGAGCAUCCCAAAUCUAGAGACGCCGAGAAGAAUAGUGAGGAAGGGAGUGAGGCGCGACUGGAACUUCUUCUCUGAAGGUGGCCGACGGGUUCUGCAGGAGGAGAAGUUCGACACUGUUCACAGCAAGGAGACUGGACCUCAUCUUCUUCUCUUGUUCUUUGGACUCGACUGGUUCAGUGAGCGAGAGAGGGAGGAGCAUCACACAGCUGAAGUGAAGGGAGAUGAAUAUUACGGAGCCAAAGCAUUCAUAAACAUUUGGAAGACAAGUGUUCAAAGACGCAAUGAAUUUAGUCUCUCUCAAAUUUGGAUUAUGAAUCAAGAUGAUACUGAUAAUGCCGAAAGCAUCGAAGCAGGUUGGCAGAUCCAUCCAAUGCUAUAUGGGGAUGAUAAACCAAGACUUUUUGCAUAUUGGACAAGUGAUUCCUAUGAACAUACUGGCUGUUAUAACCUAAAAUGUCCUGGCUUUGUUCAAGUUUCCAAUACGGUAUUGAUGGGAGCCACCCUCCAACCAUUAUCUGUCGAUGGUGGUUCUCAAUAUGGAAUCUCCAUCCUUAUCUGGAAGGAUCCACGAAGUGGGAACUGGUGGAUGAGAUUUGGGGAUACAGAUGUGGGAUACUGGCCAGCUUCUAUGUUUGAUUGCCUGUCUGAGAGUGCAUCAAUAAUACAGUGGGGAGGUGAAGUGAUGAACAAGAAAUCUGAAGGGAAACACAAAACAACAGAAAUGGGAAGUGGAUAUUCCGCUCGAGCAGGUUUUGGGAGGGCUAGUUUUUUCAAGGACAUUUCCAUUGUUAAUGAAGAAAAUUAUUUUGUGACUCCCAAGUGCUUCAGCACUUUUGCUGGCAAACCCAUGUGCUACGACAUUGUCCUAAGUGAUUAUUCUGAUGAUUGGGGUGCCAACUUCUACUAUGGUGGUCCCGGAAGAAACCCAUUUUGUCAAACUUAA